UUUGCCUCACAGAUUCAUAUGAUUAUGGCAUUUGGUGAUGGUAAUUUAUUAUUUCUUUAUCUAACACUUCUUUCUUAAAAUCGUUAUUUAUGUUUCGCUACAUUGAACUAGAUGCAGCUUUGAUUGUGACAAAGGACAGAAUGGUAUACGGCCUGGGUAAUAAUUGCAACAGUCGAUUGGGAAUUGGUGAUGUUGCUAACACUCUCCGACCCAUAAAAGUGGAAGCUCUGUGUGGAAAAAAUAUAAAGACCUUCUGCUGUAAUAAUUGUAUGACAUGUAUCUUUGCGCUUACUGAGGAAGGAGAGGUAUAUUCAUGGGGUUUUAAUGGAGGUCAUGGAUUGGGACAAGGAUUAGAUGAACCUGGGAUAGUGCGCACUCCCACUCGAGUGGUCACAUUAAGCGAGGAACGUAUUGUAGACAUUGCAUGUAGCAAUGAUCAUUCCCUCGCUUUGACUGAGACUGGAAAAAUGUAUACUUGGGGGAAUAAUAAAUAUUCGGCAACAUUCUGUAAUGGGCUCGUCAAGGAUUUACCAUGGCAGGUAAAAUACGAAGAGAAGAUUGUCCGUAUCGCUUGCGGUUUAUUUUUUAAUGUGGCAAUUACAGAUAGUGGUAAAAUCUGUAGUUGGGGCAUAAAUGAUCAUGGCCAGUUAGGGAUAGACAAAUGCCAGAAAGAGACAAAUCCAGGUAUAAUGGUUUCACCGAAAGAUAUCACAAUAGUUAAAAUAGUCUGUGGAUCCGCACACACAUUGGCACUCACUAGAAGCGGAACGAUCUAUUCGUGGGGUAGAAACAAUGUGGGACAACUAGGACGUGGCAGAAAAACGGAAAAGGAAGUGAUGUCUACCUUGGUAUCAUCAUUUUCCUAUUUGAAGGUAUCUGGAAUGGGAAAAGUGUUGGACAUUGCUGCUCGGCACAACGGAAGUUUAGCUGUCGAUGAAAAUAGACGUGUCUAUAUAUGGGGUCAAUGCUUUAAUGAGGAAAUUACAAUCCCAACUGUCACCACUUUUUCGAACAUGUAUGAUGUAUUCUCAUAUAAUAUACCAUAUAUCAUCCACAAACCGCUAAGUAAUCCUACUCAAGAAAAAUCAAAUAUAUUGGAGUGCCUAGGAAAAGUGUUUGAUGAUCAGUCGACGAGCGAUUUUACGAUAAAAGUCCAAGGAAAACCUAUCCAUGUUCAUAAAGCUAUUUUAAAUAUUCGUUGUCAACAUUUUAAAAACAUGUUUCACUAUAAUUGGUUGGUACAUGGACAAAGCAUCAUUAGCGAUUCUGUUAUACUCGUGCACGAUCUAUUCUCCUAUAAUGUAUAUAAAGCUUUUUUGAGAUACUUAUACACGGGUGUAAUUGAUCUGCCUCUAGAGGAAACGUUAGAUCUCAUAAAAUUAGCCGAUUCAUACGAUGAGAAAAAUCUAAAAAGAGAUUGCAUUCAGACGAUAAAAAAAAGAAUUACUCUAGCAAAUGUAGUUUCCUUUUACUAUAAGGCGAUUGAAUAUAAGGCAAAGGAGGUGAAGGAAUUCUGCUUCAAGUUUGCACAGGAUCAUAUGAUGGAUGUGGAACAAGCGGAAAAUUUCACUAGAUUGGACGAGAAUAUAGAAUCCGAUGUUAAAACUGAAGCGCGCCUUGUCGUCGUCCCGACGACAAUGUCGUUUUAUUUUCGCGACUCGCCGAGAUUCGCGGACCGACUGCGCGGCAUGCCCGACGACGAGCUGCUGCGGGAGGUCAAGCAGAGGUUCAACGAGGACGACGAGGACGCGUUCUUGGAAUCUGGCAGGCGCACCAGAGGUGACUCCUUCGAUCGGCCUUUCCCGCAUUUUCCGAGAGGUUUCCCGUUCGACGACGAGGCCGACGUCUUUGAUCGUCCGCGAGGCGACAGCAUCCGCGCGCACCUGGACAAUCUCGCGGCGCGCCAUCCCGACCUCGCCGAGCAUUUACGCGGUCCGCCCUGGCCGUUCGGCGGUUCUCUUUUACGCGACCGUCGCCAUCGACGCCGCGGCUCGGGUGGUAGCAGCAACGACGGACAACAUCAGCAACCGAGUCAGCAGCAUCAAGUGGACGAGGACGCGCGUAGCCAAGCGAGCGGUAGCAGUGCCGCGAGUGGAGCGAGCGCCGUCAGCUCGCACAGCGGCGGCGAAGCGGACCUGACGUCGUCAUCCGCGAUACCGCAAUACGGUCUGCGCAACACGGUGGACAUAGGCCAGCAGCAGCGGCGCCGCAAUAUGGAAAUAAGUCCGGAGACGAGCGAGCGCGGUCAGCGUUCGAUGUCGGCGCCGCCGGAAAAUCGGCAGCAACAACAACAACAUGGCCAAGAUCAGCAGCAACAACCGCUACCCAGCCAAGGACAGAGAUUCGUGUCCCGAGUAGACAUCACACCGCAGCACAAUCAACAGCAGCGCGCCCAGUCGCCCAGCAAACCAUCGAGCAACGUUCGGCACAUUCCCAUAUUCGUGGAGGGCCGCGACGAACCUGUGAUGUCGAAGUUUGCGACCGACGAUAUACCGCCGUCCGCGUUGCCUCAUCAUCACCAGCGGCAACCGUCGCCGCCGCACUUUCACAGACCAUCACACUUUAAUGAACACUUUGGCAGACAACAGUGGCCGCCGUCGCAUUUUCAAAACACAUUUUACGAUCCGGACUUUGAGCAACCGCAAAUGCGAAAGCAUCAGCAACAAUAUCAACAAUCCCAUCAGCAGCAGCCGCAAUAUCAGCAACAGCAACCGCAGCACCAUCAACAGCAGCCGCAGCCGCAGCACCAUCAACCACAGCCGCAGCACCAUCAACAGCAGCCACAGCCGCAGCACCAUCAACAGCAGCAGCAGGCUCAACAGCCACAACAUCAGCAGCAACAACAACAGCAAGAAAUACCGAAGCCUAAACCGCCGGUCCCAAAGGAUCCUCUGGAGAAAGUCGCCCAGGUACAGAAAGAAGUGGAUAAUCUAGCAGAGCAGGUGCGACGUUACGUCGGCGGCUCUCGGCAAGACAAGGAGUACAUUUACCUGGAUGAGAUGCUGACGCGCGAACUACUCAAGCUGGAUGACAUCGAGACGGAAGGCCGGGAAAAUGUGCGGCAGGCACGUAAGAACACCAUUAAAAGCAUACAGGACACUAUCAGCUUCCUGGAAACGAAAGCACCAUUCGCCGGCCAGCAGGAGCAACAAUCCGUUAUGCAAGAGGGAGAAGAGUGCUCCGAGGAAAAGGAUCAGCAGGAAAAAAAGAUCUCGCAAGUUCCUGAGGUUAUGGAUGUGGACGUGAAGCAAGACGUGAAGCAGGGCAACGAACCGAUACCUCUUCCGCCGGCGCCGUUAUCACCGACAAAGACGAAAGUAGAAUCUUUGGAAAGUGAAAGCGCAAUGGCUGUCGAAUGUGCGAAUCAGAAUGUUGUUCCUGUUUUCCAGCAGGGCAUCAAGAUUGACGAAAAAAACGAGCAGGAAAUAAAGAAUCGCAUAGCAGAAAAUACAGAGCAGCCUAAUGUUACACUGACGGACGAAACGACGAAGCUCGCGGAGGAGACGAGCGACGGAAAAUAUGGUGACACGAUGACACAAGAUAAGGAUGCGACGCCGAAACAGCAGACAGAGGAAAUGAAGGAGGGAAAGAUGGAAUCGCCGAGGUUGCAGAAGAAAGUGAAAAAGACGAAAAAAAAGGAGCAGCAACCGGUGUCUGAGCAAGCGAUUCCGUUGCCACCACCUUCGACGGAGGGCACAAAAUAAAAGAAGUGUCAUGUAACCGAACGUGGGUAGGACUCGAGAAAAAGAAUUGUUGUAAAAAUGAGAAUGAAGAUCGCGAUGAGAAAGAGAAUUUUGUGCGUCCUGAAAGGACGACGGAAAGAUUUCGAAAGACAUCGAAUAAUCGCAUUGCAAAGUGACUCGACAACUGCAUAAAGGCGUUGAACGCUAGCGCGGCAGCUGUUCUCUCUCUCUCUCUUUUUUUUUUUUUUUUACUUUUUUUCCGAUGCCAAGCUAGAAUCAAACUAGUCGCGUUGCAAGCCGUGCAAUGAACGAAUUCUGCGAGUCGCUCGUCAUUGCCUUAGGAUGAGGCCUUUUCUCUUUUAUAGAACGGAAUAAACGCGAGCGAACGAUGUCGUCCGUAAGUUUGCGCGAAUAGCUGACUUCCUUGCGGAAACGGUCUUCUUGAGAACGGAGUUUUCUAGAAACGGCUGCGUCUAUAUUCCGUUAUAUUUUUUCAAAAAAGAAUCUAUAUAGAAGAAGAAAUCCGCAUACGGAUAUGCGCGCAGCGAACAAAUUUUUCUCUUUCAUCGAGAUGACAGUCUGUCGUUUUUCUAAUUUAUUUACCGUUUGCGGUCUGAUGAUGAGGAAUUACGAGAUGAGAGACGUGUCUAAUUUAUGUGAGAUGAACUCGAAAUCGCGCGCCAAAGUUACACAGUUGUUAUUCUCCCCCGUAUAGUCUAAAAGAAACAAUCAAAAUCCUAGAGCAUGUGACUUCGGGGACAUCUUAUAUAUAGAAAGAGAUACGUAGUUUACUAUAUAAAGAAGCGCGCUAUAUACUCAUCCGUCGAGCAGACCAGAUUGUAUCGUAGACAUUUAUUUGAAAUAAUUUUAACUUACAUGAUCCUACGCGCAAAGAUCGCAGUCCUAUAUAAAUAAAAUAUAUAUAAUAGUUUGCAUAAAAUUUUGGAGCGUAAAAAAGAUUGUAUUUUAGAAAAUAACACGAUGAUAACACGAUUUGAUAUGCAAAAAAUUUCGCGACUUUUUCUAUCCUAUAUAUUCUUCGCGCUUUUCGCAUGUGUACCGAAUGACAGAUUGGUCUGCUCGGUAAGUAUAUACCGGCAUUGUAAUCGGUACAGUAUUACGUGAAAUGUACACGUAACGACGAUGAUAAGUUAAUACUGAUUUCUUAUUGCACGCCUAUUAAUGAUUAAUAGGAUGCCUAUUAUUAAUUUAUUGUAUGUCUGUCUACGAGAUAAUUUCUUGGUUGCGAGUUGUAUGUUUGUUGUUCACGUUAAUAAUUGACCGCAUAUCGCACGCACGUUUAACGUGUCAUCGCCGCAACACGAAGUAUGUAAUAUAUACAUAUGUACACACUUUACAGUCGCGUGAACGUUCGUGAUGAUGUCCAUCGUUUCUUUCUUUCCAGGAUUGUACAGGACAGAGUUUCACGCAACAUGUUUCAUUUAAGAUAAUUGUAUCAUACAUAUUAUUUUUUAAGAAAUUCAAAUUUUAACCAGAGAGUAAUUAAAAUCAUAUCUGCGUAAUUGGAAAAAAGAUAUAUUAACCGUUUCAAAGAUAUUCGAGAUAUUUAUAGUUGCAGUUUCUUAAAUUUUUAAGAAAUUAAUUUAACGAGAUGUAUGUAAACAGUUUUUGAAUCUUGAAUGAUUGAAAACAUAGAAUUAAUUUUAAUUUGAAAUUUUCUUAUCAGAUCAAAAUAUUGAAAAUUAUGAAGCGACUAGAUGAAAAUAACGUUUUGACCAUUAUCAUGUCUUCGCUUAAGAAAAUUCGGCUUUGAUCUUCGCGAAGAGUCCAUACGCGAAGCUCGCCGCGCGAAUAUUCAGUGGUCCAGAUUUAGCGUUCGUUUGGAAUUCUCAAAGCGUCAGAUGCGCGAUGCUUGAGAAAAAUCGACUCGAAAUAUCAGAGAUUCAAACCUCGUGUAUUUGAAGGCCUAUAUUUAUAUAAAUAUUCUAGAGUCUUAUAUAAAAAAGAAGUAUCUUACGGAGUGUCGCGUAGAAAACGGACGUGUAUCAUUCUUAAAGAUUCUCUCAAAACCUGAUCACUAUUCGAUUUUUUACUGAAUCAGUUGAUAUUUAUUUCUAAAAAAUAGCUAAAUUAAUCAGAAAUACCGUCAUAAUUAGACUAUAAACGUAAAUAUAUUAAUAUUUUAUACAUAAAUAUAUUACGUAUAGAAUGCUUAUGAUUAUAAUAUUUAGCCGCCGUUUUCGGCCAAAAUCAGAGCAGGGUCCAGACUCUAACACGAGAAUCUCUUUCAGUUUCUCGUUCGUGAUGAUGACUUUCAUUUACCUCCGUCUUCUGUUCUCUCCCUUGCAUCUGCACGGACCCUACUUUUCAGGUUGCUGGAAAUUUUAUAUAUUUUUCUGAUAUGUGAGUUGUGUGUGUGAGAGAAAGAAUAAGCGCACGUGACGAAAGAUAUACAUAUACGGCGAAAAUGUGUGACUAUUUUGUGGGAUUAAUCAGAAAAAAAAGAAAAUACAAAGUCUGCUCUGUAUUAUU